AUGGCCUCAACUAGUGGUCCUGUAACUAGCACUACUACGGCUUCGACUAGUGGGCUUGAAACAAGCACAACUAGUGCUUCAGCUAGUGGUUCCGUGACUAGCACUACUACAUCCUCUUCAUCUGGCCAGUGUUCGGGUGACUUCUGUGUUGCUGAUAGGACGACGUUCCCUAACCUCCUCCCGGUGGGCCAAAUAACUACCGAGUCCUUCAGUUUCACUGACCAUGGUGCAUGGUACCUAGCUGGUUACUCUAGUGAUGAUGGUAUCCGUAUGCUUUGGAGACUCAAAUGCAACCAAUGGUUACCUGUUGCCGAGAAGACCCUUUCUAAUAUCGAGGCUUCGGGCAACGAUAUGUUCGUGUUUGGCAUCAGCGAGGGUGAAGUUGGUGCUUUCUACCCGAAGAAUCACAAUGCUUAUCGUAUAAUCGCUCCGGCGGAUCCUUCCAAGGAGUAUACUGGAGUCACCUUUGAUCAACAGUCGAAUCUUCUAUACGUUACCGAGAAGGCUACUGGGCAGAUCGCUCGGUUCAUAAGUCAGGGAGGCGUGUGGACUCCAAUAGCCCCCUUGAGUGGUUCGGGUGUUCUUAUUGAGCCUACUAUUCUGCGCUUCACACUCGGUAAACUUUAUGUUAGAAUGAAUGGCGGCGUUGCCUAUGCUACGAUGGAUGGGUCUGUGGAUCCUCAGUGGACUUUCAUUCCACUGGAUAUUCAAGGUGACGAAAGCUUUACUGCGGCUCCAGAUGGCUACCUCUACUACCGUAAAUCCAUCGAUUCGGUCUACCGCCUUCCGCUAGAUGAUCUAGCUGGCUCGGGUGAGCUUUACGCUGGUGGGUGUGGCUGUGGUCUGGCGCCUAAUCAAAUAUGUACAUCGGGCAACGGCAACCUUGUGAACUUCAAGCCCACUGGAGGCAUUGUCAUGCAAGACUACUUUGAAGGACCUGACUUCCGCUUCCUCAACUGGUGUGGAGAUUUCUGUUCUACUACCACUAGUGGUCCUGUGACUAGCACUACCACUGUCUCACCUACUGGUCCUGUGACUAGCACUACUACCACUCCAGCUAGUGGUCCUGUGACUA